AUGUCCUUUGGAGAAUCAUUACCACCCUCUCGGGAAGUUUUUUUAGGUCUUCGGGGUGAGGUGAAUGUAAAAAAUCCUAUCGAUGCGAUUGAUGCAACCUCUAGGGAGACAUAUGAUGCAUCGGCAAAUGGAGAUAGAAGGUUCGAAGAGAUGCCUUCUCUCGAAGCUCUUGAGAUUUUUGCACGAAGGCCUUUUGAAGCAUCGAAUCCUCUUGUUAAUGUUUCUAAUGUCCCUCUUUUGUGCGAUCCACCUCGCCCUUUGGUAGUCGAUCAAUCAAUACCCUUAAUGGUUAUGAUCGAUCAUCCCGAAAUGAUUAAUGUUCAAGAUAUAGGUCUUCAUCAUAGACUUGAUGAAAGGGUUAAUGAAGAUGAAGUGGUUUCGGUUCAUAUCCUCGACGUUGAGCACGAGCAAUUUAAGGAAGCAUCUACUCGGUCGGAUCUUGCUUUGAAUCAAUAA